UUCAAUAAUUCUUUCAAUUUAUAGACAUAUAUAUAAUAUAUAUAAUACAAAAUGAAUUACAGGGACAGCGAAAUCAUAAAUCUUAAUGUUGGUGGUAAAAGGUUUGCGACAUCUCGAUCAACUCUAACGUGGAUUCCAGAGUCAUUUUUUUCAUGUUUGCUGAGCGGCAGAAUAUCCUCAAUGAAAGAUGAAACCGGAGCAUAUUUUAUUGACCGUGACCCAGAGGCUUUUGCACCAAUAUUGAAUUUUCUUCGAACAAAAGACUUUUGUCUCAGAAAUGUGGAUCCUUCAGUGGUGUUACACGAAGCUCAAUUUUAUGGUAUCACACCAAUUGUCAGACGAUUGUCACUUUGUGAAGAAUUAGUAAACAACCCGUGUGGCGACCUUCUGUUUAUGGGCUACCUAAAUCCUCCAGAACUCCCAUGCAACCCACUUGAAAUUAAAUCUUCCAGAAGAGGUUCUGUUUCUUCUGUUCUGCAAAGCAGUGAUCACCAUUCCCGUACUGCUGGGUUAAUCAAAAGUGCAAUGUCCGAACCUAACUUAAAAUUUGAUGAUGUGGACCCAAGAAAAGUGUUAAUCAUAAAAGGACAUCAUAAUGUACUUGCGGUUGCUUAUGCUCAUUGCGUUUGUUGUUAUCGAUUACAAGAUUCAGUUGGUUGGGAAUUAAUAUUUACAACUCCAUAUAUGGAAAAGUCAAUUGAAAAAAUAUCGUUAAAUGUCAAAAUGCCUGGUGCUCUUGGGAAUAAAUUGCUUGCAAUAUCUUCAGGGUCUAAACUUUGGCUGUGGAAUUGUGAUCGGGGAAAUAGAAUUGGCACGUUCAACUUAACAGUACCAGUUGAUGCUCUUUCAUUUGUUGGUAGUCAGCUGGUUGGGUUGAGUUACACUGGAAAGGUUGGGGUGUGGAAUGUAAUGACACAAAAUUGGAGAAUUCAGGAUGUGAUCCCAAUUUCCAGUCAUGAUACAGCUGGCUCGUUUCUCCUUCUUGGUGGUACCAAUGGUGUUAUUUACUAUGUUGAUAUGGAGAAGUUUCCACUUCGGAUGAAAGAUAACGAUUUGCUGGUGACUGAACUUUUUAAAGAUCCUGCAGGAGAUUCCAUUACUGCUUUGUCUGUGUACCUAACACCAAGAGCAACUUUCAGUGGCACAUGGAUCGAGAUCGCUUAUGGUACGAGUGCAGGAGCCGUUCGCGUGAUUGUUCAUCAUCCUGAGACUGUCAGUAGCGGACCUCAGCUAUUCCAGACGUUCAAUGUUCAUCAGAGCAGUGUAAACAAAGUUACACUGAGUGAGAAACAACUCAUAUCAGUUUGUUCUGAAUAUAAUCACGUACGAACGUGGAGUAUUACCCGAUUUCGCGGAAUGAUAUCUACACAACCUGGGCCUACUUCAUUAGCAUCGUUUAACGUGGUCGCUUUGGAACAGGGAAACGCCCAUGCCAGUUACACUGUUGGAAAUUGUAUAGGGCCAUAUGGCGAGCGAGAUGAACUUUUAUUAUUUGUACAGAAAGUUGUUCCAGAUACGGAUCAAGUAUUUGUCAGAUUGGCGUCGACUGGUAGACGAUUGAUGACUUGUAAAAGUAUUGAUGGAUCGCGUGUCACAGCAUUUAGUGCGCAUGAGUGUGACGCCGCUGCCCGAAUGGGUUCUAGGCCUCGACGAUUUUUAUUUACAGGCCACGGAAAUGGAGGCAUACAGAUGUGGGAUAUAACAACGGCGAUUGAGAGAGCGUCUAAAACCCCAGAUUCGUUAACCCUACUUGGUCCAAGUAAUCAAGAAUUGCUUAAACUGUUAGAGCAAUGCGAUUUGAGUUCUUCACGUUGUACAACACCUCUACGAUGUGGCUCGGAUUCAUCUUUAGUAAACUUUCGAAAUAACUUUUUAAGAUUCCAGCAGAGUUCGUCCUCCAUAGGAACUGGUUUAGGAAUGCACGAUAAUAGGCAGAUGUCGAGAGACGAACUUGAACUUUCCUAUCAGUCUAAUGCUUCAGCAAAUUGUACAGAUUUUCGCAAUAAUGAAAUGUUGGACAUUGUACAGAGUUUACCAAACAGUGCGCGGUCAAGCCAACGUGGAACUAGAAAAACAUCUGACUCCAGUGGAACACAUGAAUAAUUUUGUCGCGAGACGAUUGGGUGGAGUUAGUAAGAUUAUGUUUCCUCUUUGGAGGAAAAACAUCUACGCCAACAAAAAAUACAUACUAAUUUUUUUUACAGAAUCUUAAAUUUUAUUCCAUUUGAAAGAUAACUUCUUAAAAUAAUUCCUUACACCGUCAAAUUCUCAUGAUUUAAGAGUGACUAGUUUAAUCUUUCUUAACGUGUUUUUAUUUAAGAAUUAAUUUUAUUUUAUUUUUUUGGUCUAAAAACUAUUUUGUAAAUAUGAGAAAUAAAAAUUAAAUGUACUUUGUUAGAAAAAAAAU